AUGUCGCUUUUCAAGAUCUCCAAGAACAAGAUCGCCUCGGCUGUCAGCACCCCUACUCAGACCCCCCGCUCCUCGCUCCAAAUCAAUGCCUCGGAUGCCAACAUGACCUCUACCGUGAUAUCCGCUGAUGUCGAGAGACUCCUUAAGAAGACUACCACCAUUGGUCACAACCAAGCCUUGUCACUGGCUAGGAUGAUUUGCAACACCAUGACAAGCUCAAAGCUCGAGGGGACAUCUGACAACUCUUACCCGACAAUCCCGUCAGCUAUUCGGUUGGGAUCAAAGCGUAUCAAUGAAUCGCCUUUCAGUCAAUUCGAGCAGCCUACAAAGAAGGUGCAACCAUCAGCCAUCUACAACCAAGAACGUGCGAUGUCUACAGUUGUGAAGCAAGAACGGAUCUCCAUAUCCUCUCCCCAGGAAUAUCAAGUCACCUUCACCCAGAGCCGCAUCGAUCCCAACAACAUCUUCCCAGUGCUUGUGGCACCUGAGCAGUCUCGAUUAUCCAUUUUUCCUCAAAACAUUGCCGCCCCUUCGCUUUCGACAACCCUACCGCCCCCAGGCGGUCGGUUUGAGUCCACAUCUCAACUUGCGUACUUCAACAGUUUGCUCCGCAAGAGUUUGUCCCCUGCAUCGACUGCCGGAAGCGUCUACGAACAUCUGGGUCCUUCUCAACAAGGUACUGCUAUUCUUCCUGAAGAGGACGAGCAGAGUCGGGUCCGUUCGCUGACUACCAAGGUCGUUGAGGAGUUUUUGGCGAGCAAUGUCACGAGCUCAACAACAAUAGCUGAGGUCGUAAUCCUUGGCUCUUUUCUCAGUCUGGAGCACUAUCGCAAGUUGCUUAACAGCCUGGUUGCCAGAUUCGAGAACGCGACAUUGCUGGACGUCGAUCUACUUCAGGGUUCGAUCCAACUUGUUCAAUGUGCCGAGCCAGGUUACAUCCUUUCCAACGACCUUCUCAGGAUCCUGACUGCAAUUCGGACUCGUCUUCAUGAUAUCCAUCAACAUCCCACCAAGCACAUCUAUUGCUUGACCCUCGCAUUAUCGACUCUUCUCGAUGGCAUGGUUGAGUGCAAGGUUCAGGAUCUGGGGCGCGUCGUGGACCAGGCAUACCUGCUGGCACUCUUGGAAGGACUGUCAAAGAGCUCGGAUCCAUAUCUCAGACACCAGGCAACCUAUGCCCUUCAGGGUCUGCUUCAUGUUCCGAUUGACGAGCCACGUUGCCAGUUUGUUUUGCGGCAUGCAGGAAACAACACCAUGGGUCGUCUUGGGGUCGCGAGUGUGUGCAAGCAGGGCAAUUACGGGAUAUCAGGUGAAGUUGAGAGGCCCCAUGGCGAUACUGUGAAUGCUCUCGACAUUGGCUUCAAGGCGAUUGGCGGCGCUCAGUCGGUAGGCGAUAACGUUCAAGGACCUUGGGCUAGCACAAAGUGGGGUGUCCUUUCUGGCGGAAGGCUUCCCUGGUACACAGCUUUGCGUGAGGCUCAAGAACACAUUCGGAAUGGCCGUCUGGCUGAUUUCAGUCGUCUGUUCUUUGAGGCUCCUUGCCGUCAAGCUAUCGAGUUCCAGCGAGGUGUUUGUUUGGUCCUUGGCGAGAUUGCGAUCGAUCGAUGCUGGGAGGAUGGUGUUCGUCGAAACGCUAUCGAUUUUCUUGCUGAGCUUUACAAGGACGGCUCCCUUCUUGGACUGGACGAAGGAAUUGACAGCUGGAUUCUGGAUAUCCUGCGCCAAGUCUCGUCGUUUUCCGACCCUGCCUUCUCUGGCCACACUCGACGAAUACUCCUUGGUCUAGAGAAGGAAGGCAAUGCUUCUAAGCAGACUGUCUACCGUGAUGUCAUGGCACGUCCUCCCAAUCCUUACCCGAUAAUGGUCCGGUUGCCUAUUCCUUCGUGGUCACCUCUCCUCAACCGAGCCCAGGCGAUCCCCGAUGUCGAGUAUGACCUGCACAGACUGAAGAUUGAACGACUACGGGAGCAAGAAAAUGUUCCGUACAUCCCGCCUCAAGCCAAGCCAACCUUUCAUUCCUCGAACGACACUCUAUUCCCGCUCAUGGAGAGCGCGCUGGAGUUCUUGAGCAGUCAUCGGCAGGUGUUGUUAUUGCUCGGAGAUUCAGGAGCUGGCAAGUCAACCUUCACCUUGGAGCUUGAGCGCAAUCUUUGGAUGGAAUACGGGGCGUAUGGACCUAUCCCUCUUCAUAUCAACCUUCCCACUAUCGUCAACCCCUCUCAGGACCUCAUCGAAAAACAACUGCAACGGCAUCGAUUUUCCGACGCCCAGAUCCAGCAGCUCAGACAGAACCGACAGUUCAUUGUCAUUUGCGACGGAUACGACGAGAGCCAGCUCAAGACUAAUCUCUACACAACCAACCGACUCAACCAACCAGGACAGUGGAAGGUUAAACUCAUCAUCAGCUGCCGCAGUCAGUGCCUGAACUCCGAUUAUCGCCCUCGGUUCCAACCUCAGUCUGCUAACCACUACCAUCGCACGAAAUCCGACCUCUUCCAGGAGGCAGUCAUUGUGCCUUUCUCGAGGAGCCAGAUUGAGCAGUAUGUCGAUCUGUAUGUCAGACGUUUGCCUGCGAAUUGCAUGGUUCAGGACGACCACCCAUCAUGGACAAAGGAUGAGUACAUGCACAAGCUGGUCGAGAUUCCAAACUUGAUGGAGCUGGUAUCAAAUCCCUUCCUCCUAUCGCUCUCACUGGAAGCGCUGCCUCAUGUCGUCGACUUCAAGAAGAGCCUUAUACGUGUCGAGCUUUACGAUGGGUUCGUCACGCAAUGGCUGGCGGUCAGCCGGGCGAGAUUAGAGAACAGCGCAUUGAAUGACAUGGAGCGAUCUGAGUUUGACCUGCUAGUGGAAGAUGAUUUUGUGGGUCAUAGUCUCCGGUUCCAAAAGUCCCUUGCGGAGGCGAUCUUCAGGAAGCAGGCAGGCCAUCCGGUCGUCCAAUACACCCACCUCCGCGACAGAGACUCAUGGAAAGCCGAGUUCUUCAGCCCUGACGGUCAGGCCAAGUUGCUUCGAGAAUCCAGUACAGUGACGAGGUCUGGCGGCGACUAUCGAUUCAUUCACCGGUCUCUCCAGGAAUACUUUUAUUCAAGGACGAUCUACGACCCACUCGACUAUAACGAUGCUGCAAUGAUGUACGACCCACGACGGCCGAUUCACACCCUACAAUCUGCCCUGGGUCGGAGGAGCAUCAUCGGUGAGCCAUCAGUAGUCCAGUUCUUGGCCGAGCGAGUCGAGCAGGAUCCUUCCUUCCGGUGCCAACUUCUCGACAUUGUGGAGCAGUCCAAGAUCGACACGCAGGUGCAGGCGGGACAGGCGGCAGCGAACGCUAUCACGAUCUUGGUCAAGGCUGGAAUCCGGUUCAACGGUGCCGAUCUGAGUGGCAUCAAGAUUGCAGGAGCCGAUCUUCGCGAAGGAGAGUUUGACGCCACGAAUUUGGAAGGUGCCGAUUUGAGCGACACCAAUUUAGGCAAGACGUGGCUUCGACAAGCCAACCUCCGCAAGGCUGUUUUGUCUGGAGCGCGGUUCGGAGAGCUCCCUUAUCUCAAGCUGGAAGAUGAAGUCUAUCGUUGCGUCUUUUCGUCUGACGGGAAGCUUGCCGUGUCGUUCAAGGGGUUUAAGAUCAACAUUUACGAUGCUACAACGUGGACCUAUUUGGCCAGCCAUCGUGGUGGACAGGCCAUCGCUAUUUCGCCAACCAACUACGAGCUAGCCAAGAGUCGCCCGAACGGCACGGUGGAGCUGGGCGACAUCUUGACAGGCGAUAUCAGGAUCGUCUUGACCGGCCAUACAGGACCAUUGUCCAGCAUUGUCUACUCACCGAAUGGAGCCAUGGUCGCGACCACAAGCUUCGACAAAACAGUGCGGACCUGGUCGGCACUGACUGGCACGAUCCUACACAUUCUCAGUGGCCAUUCCCUGGUUGCUACUGGAGUCGCCUUUUCACCAACCUGUCCUCGACUUGCGUCGUGCAGUAUGGAUACAACGGUACGAAUAUGGGACAUUCCGGCUGGACGACAAAUCGCAGUCUUGAACAGUCAAUCCAGUGCCGUCAUUUCCGUGACCUAUUCUCCCAAUGGACGCCUAAUCGGAACCUGCAGCGAGGACGGUUCGAUUCUGUUGUGGGACGCACAUACCUUCGGGGUUUCCAGCCGUCUGUUGGGCCACAUUUCGCCCGUUACAUAUUUGACGUUCUCCCCUGACGGUAACCAGAUUGCCUCCUGUGGUCUGGAUGGACGAGUUCGUCUGUGGGAUCCCCUCAACAAAGUGCUCCUCAGCACUUUUUCUGGCCACCAAUCCGCUGUCGGCAGUGUUGUCUAUUCUCCCACCGGCGAUUGCAUUGCUUCUGGUGGAAAGGACGGAACCGUUCGACUUUGGAAGGUUCAUGAGUUGUUGUCGGAUGCGUUUUCAAGCAGUCGCACGGAGGGGUAUGUUUGCCUUGACGUCUCGCCGGAUGGCAAGCAGGUGGGGAUUGGCAAGAGGGACGGCGUGGUGGAGCUCCUUGAGACCUUGUCCGGCACAUCAGACGGUCUUCUUCUGUCUGGACAUACAGAGUCGGUCAAUGAAGUGACAUUUUCACCAUGCGGCAAACGGAUCGCAUCUGCUAGCUCGGACUCAACUGUGCGGUUAUGGUGCGCUCGGGCAGGAUCACCGUUACAUGUCUUGACGGGCCAUUUAGGUCAUGUUUGGGCGGUUUCUUUCUCUCCGAGCAGCCGUCGGGUUGCCUCAGCCAGCUGGGAUGGGACUAUUCGAAUCUGGGAUACCCAAACUGGCAAGCCUGAAUUGGUUUUGAUUGGCCAUUCGUUCGCUGUCAACGACGUGGCUUAUUCUCCCAGCGGGAACCUGAUCGCCUCUGGCGGUAACGAUAUGACCGUUCGCCUAUGGUGUUCUCAUUCCGGAGCGCAUCUCCUUGUCAUGAACCACUUUUCUCAAGUCCAUCGAGUGGUUUUUGCCCCUGACGAACGAGAGGUGAUUUCGGCUUCUGUAGAUGAUGGGAUCCUCCAAGCAUGGAACACACAGACGAGCGAGCUGCGAGGGAAAACGAAUCCAAAGCACAUUGAUCAAGGGCUCAAUUGCUGUUCGUUUUCACCCAACGGUAGGCUCUACGUGACUGGAGGCAAGACGGGGGUGUUGAGAGUAUCGGCUUGGGUAGCGGGCGAAUGGAUUCGAGUUUUUAGAUGCCAUGUUGGAGUCACUUUCCGGUUCCGAUGGGGACAGAGCUCCGAGUGCUUGUAUGUUGGGACCAGGGCGUAUGGCAAACUGCGGCUCUGGAAGCUAACGGAGGAGAAGGGUGAUUAUCAGUUGCGGCUGCUUUGGAGUGCGGGAGCCAAGGAGCUUUGCCUAGCACAUGCUAACUUACAGGAUGUUGUUGGACUGAGCUCAGUUGAUAUUGCGUUGAUGAAGCAGCAUGGGAGCAUCGAUGAAACUAAAAGCGGCUCGAUUGAAAGACCCCCCAAUGAAAAAUAA